AGGCUCUGCGAGCAUCGCAGACCAAGCCCAGUUGUGCUGUGAGUUGUGUUGUUCACCUGUAAACGUCAAGAAUCCCGAGUUCCAGGCGUGUGUUUCGGGGCGGUUUGAUCGAUCAAACUUUUGGAUGCGAUCCGACCGGCUCGGCUGCACUGUUUGAUGGUGUUUGGCACCUGCGAGAGCGACUGAAGCUGCAACUGGGCGGCUUUCUUGUCAACCCACACGAUUAAAAAUUCAGAGUCGGCAAAAUGCCGGAGGAACCGCAACAAGCCUCGGCCGUCAAGAGCCCAACCGCCAGUAAGAAGUCUGUCGGCAAGAAGGUGCUGGCCAGAAUCCACAUGCUCGAUGGAACAGACAUGGAACUCAGCGUUGAUCGCAAAUGCAAAGGCUACGAAUUGAUGGAGCAGAUUUGCGAAAGCCUGAAUCUGCUGGAAAAGGACUACUUUGGUCUCACCUACGAGGAUAGAUAUGACAAACGCAACUGGCUGGAGCUAGAGAGAGGCAUAGCCAAGUUUAUCAAAGACGAGCCAUGGGCCUUUGAUUUUGAGGUCAAAUUCUACCCACCUGACCCAUCCCAGCUGCAAGAAGACAUCACCAGAUACCAUUUGUGUCUUCAAGUGAGAAAUGAUAUCCUAACAGAAAAGCUGCCUUGUUCGUUUGUGACGCAUGCUGUGCUGGGUUCCUAUCUCGUCCAGUCGGAGUUCGGAGAUUACGAUCCAAAUGAGCAUGGAAGAAAUUACUUGAGAAACUUCCAGUUUGCACCCAACCAAAGCAUGGAGAUGGAAGAGAAAGUCAUGGAACUUCACAAAGGGCUCAAGGGCCAAACGCCGGCAGAAGCAGAGCUGCACUACCUGGAAAAUGCCAAGAAACUGGCAAUGUACGGUUUGGAUCUGCAUCCAGCCAAAGAUUCCGAGGGCGUUGACAUCAUGCUGGGUGUAUGCGCCUCAGGCCUCCUUGUCUACAGAGACAAGCUGAGGAUCAACCGUUUUGCCUGGCCCAAGAUUCUAAAAAUAUCAUACAAACGUCAUAAUUUCUACAUCAAGAUCCGCCCUGGAGAGUUUGAGCAGUGCGAGUCCACAAUUGGCUUCAAACUAGCCAAUCACAGAGCUGCCAAGAAACUUUGGAAGGUUUGCGUGGAGCAUCACACAUUUUUCAGACUGAUGACUCCAGAGCCAGUUGCCAAGUCAAGUUUGUUCCCCCGAUUCGGCUCCAAGUUCCGCUACUCUGGCAGGACGCAUUAUGAGACAAAGAAAGUGUUGAUCGAUCGGCCAGCGCCGCAAUUUGAGCGCAGCCUGAGUGGAAGGCGCCUCACUUCCCGCAGCAUGGACGUGAUUCCAGUUGUGACCACAUCAAGAAACUCUGCUGCUACUGCUGCGGACAACGCUUCCAAACGACACACCAUGUCUCACCCACCAGAGCAUAUUCCGGAAAUCGACAACCUCAAUGACAAGCCCCUGAAGGACAAGGAGAACAAGGACAGAAAAUUGAAGGAUGAAAAGUUGAAGGAGAAGAUUGAAAGGAAAACGAGUGUAUCCUCAGAGGGCUCUUCCAGCUCAAUGGAGGGAGAAUACGAAGCUAACAAGGAACAAACAUGUGAUGAGACAACUUCUAAGAAACCAGUUGGUGGAGUGGCAGUGCUCCCAUCUGGAAUCUUCGGCAAAAAGAAGAAGGAUAAAAAGAAAGAUGACGAUGAAAAGCGUGAUGAAGAAAAGGAAGCUGGCAAUGAAAAUGCUGCUUUUGAUGCAUCUAAAGAUGAAAAAACGCCAGGUUCCCCUGAAAACAAAAAGGACAAAAAGAAGGGAAAGAAGGACAAAGAGGAGAAGAAAGAAAAGGACAAUCAAACCGGCACACCAGAGAAAGAAAAGGGCACUGAGAAGGAAAAGAAAGAGAAAUCAAAAUCUAAGAUCUCAGGAUUGUUUUCAAAAGGCUCGUCUCCGUCCAAAGACGCUGACAAGAAGGGCAAAAAGAGCACUGGUUCGUCUGCGGAUGACUCGUCCACUCUUGAAUCUCCACAGUCACUGAAAGUAAGUCCUCAAGGCAAAGCUGUCCUCUCCGAUGGUGGCCCCCCUGAAGGAUCCCCUCAGCUGCCUGGUUACACCCGGGAGUAUGACUACGAAGAAAACCCCAACUUGUCUCCCUCCAGAGCCCGCAACGCCAUCCUUGCUCACGGAUUCACGUACGAGAAGGACCCCUGCCAGAGCCCCCUUGCACUGAACCAACCAAAUGAUGAUGCUCAAGGGGUCAGCCGCAAAGCUGUAGGGCUCGCCUUCAACUACGCCCCUGGAGAAGAUCAAAAGGUGGCAGAAACAGCAGCCGAGAAGAGGAAAACCUUCGACCAGAAGUUGACCGAUCCCAGCUCACUCCGCUCUGAAGAACUCAACCAGCAGCAAGGCAUCGGCACUCCUGGAUUUGAUUAUGUCGAGUCGGCGUCCAGGAAGGAACAAGGGAAAGGUGGCAGCAGUGGCGGGGUCGCGGGCAAGCCAGUCGCUAUUCCAAUCCCAGGUAAGCUGGAGAAGAGCCAGUCUGAAAAGCCAGAAAAGUCCACGGCUGCGUCUGUGGUGGCCGCCCUCCUUUCAAAGGGUAAGAAGGGUGGCAAGAAAGAGGAAAAGGGCAAGAAAAAGGACAAAAAGAAGAAGGGCAAAAAGGAAGAAUCUGAGGAGAGUUCCAGCAGCUCCAGCAGCGAGGACUCUAUGAUUGAUCAGUACGCGCAAGGCAACGAAACAGUUCGCUCCACCGGUGAUUCUGUCGUGGUUAACACGCCCAAGAUUUUCAAAACCACCACCAAGCAGAGGGUGGUCCAGAAUGCUGAAGGUAUCACGCAAAACAUCGAAGAGAAGGUCGAAGACCUCACUCCCGGUGGCACUGGAGUGGUCACCGUCUCAAACGUCAUCAACACGGCUGAUGCUGAAAAUGCGGAGAGCUCACCACACGUGACCGCCACUGCUGUCACGACAAGGACAGCCAUGAUGACUGAAGACAAGGAGAAGAAUGAGAAAACUAGCCAGAUCGAGGAGAAAACAUUUGCACAUACCACAACCACUAGCGCCACUCGUCAGGAGCAGCGUGUAGUGACCCAGGAAGUGCGUUCAACGUCUACGGUGCUCACUGGUGACCAGAGUAUUUAUCGAAGGGAAAGAACGUCGAGUGGCAGCUCCAAUGACUCUGGUACCCCGAUUGACGUCGAGGAAGGCCAGACUCCCAUUGUGAAAACGGAGAGUAUGGUGUACGACCCGGACGUCGUGAACCAGUUUGUGCCACCACACAGCACCACGCAGGUGCCACUUGUGCAGACCGAGAGUCGCAAAGUGGCCUUAGAGUCGGCGGAUGGCAACUACAGCGCAUCUGGCGAGAUAAUCAGCUCACAGACCAUCAGCAGCAAGACUCGCACUGUCGAAACAAUUACCUACAAGACAGAAAAGGAUGGAAUCGUCGAGACGAGGGUUGAGCAGAAGAUCACCAUUCAGUCGGAUGGUGACCCUAUCGACCACGACAAAGCCCUGGCUGAAGCAAUUCAGGAAGCCACCGCCAUGAAUCCCGACAUGACCGUCGAGAAGAUUGAAAUUCAGCAGCAGUCAGCUCAGUAGACAUUGUCGCUCUGUAUGCAGGCACUCCAGGUCACAAUUAUUGGAGAAUAAACAACGUGAUAAUUUUCAAAAUCAGCUAUACUUCUGAUGAAAAUUUGCUUCUCAGCUUUUCUGGCGGCCUUUUCCUGAUAUUUCACUUCAUGUUAUGAUGUUAGGACCAAAUUCAAUACGACGAGCAUUUACGCAAAGGAUUCCACUAUAGUUUACAGUUGAAAUAUCAAAAAUAUUACCAGUUAACGAAGAUGAUGUAAUUAUUAUACUUUUAGCAUGUGCUUUUGCACCUCGCACUCCUUUCAACCUCAAAACGAAAUUAUAAUAUUGAUAUAUUAUGUAUCAAACAGUGUAGAGACAGCUUUGAGUGUGAGAGAUUAUUAAGCAAAACGGAAACGAGUGCAGCUACGUGUGUUGUCACUUAAUGUCUAAGACAAAAUUGACACGUUCAUUAAUUUGAAAUGUGAGUGAUGUGCCUAUUAAGCACACUAAGAACGUUGUUGAAAGGAUUUGUUGCUAAAUGGAAUGGUGAACCGCAUAAUUUUUGAAACAAGGAAAAAAAGGAACUUUAGAGAGUUCUAUUUAACCAAUUCAAGAUAAUAAAAUACUAAAUAUAUUUGGAAGAUUAAUAGUGCAGCUAACUACUGGAGAUCAACUAUUUUAUUGUGCAUAUUAUAAUGUAUCACUGUCAUCAAACAGAAAUCUUUGAAUCUAUCAAAUAUAAGCUUAAUGCUUCUUUUCGUUAACUCCGGUCUCACUCACCAUUUCAAGCCUCCUUUGAAAUUACCUCCUCUUUUUUUCAAAUGAGUCUUCUUAGCUUGUAAGAAUAUUUUACUUUUUUUAGUUUUGAUAUAAAUUUUUAGUUAUUCUUUGUUGAUGGGGCUGCGUGUUCAUAAAAUAAUAUAUAUUGAACGAAUGUUAUUUUGUUGACUUCGAUAAUUUGCUAAAAUUAGUGUUAAGGAAAGCAUUAUGUUAAGUUACUAAUUCACACGUCAGAUUCAAUAUUGCUUCUUAACGGCCAUUGAUCUACAACCAUGUUACUACUUUCACGCGCUGUUGAUUUUUAUCAACGAGUAUGUAGCUUUUGCUACGAGUUUCACAUGAGUUAGGCACCAUUUCAAAAUUAACUCAGUUUGGAAAUCUCACAUGCAGAUCUUUGAAGCCUUCAAUGCAGAUGCUUUAAUUGCAAUAAAAUGAUGUUAGCAGCAAUUA